UUUUUCAUUGACUGCUUUUUUAUUUCAUUUGGCUUUUUUUUUUCUGAAAGUGUCAAUAAGAAAAAAAAAGUGAAUGUUUAAUCAGCUUUUUACACGCAUAAUUGACAAAUACAUGAAGUCUGCUGUUCGUUCUAUAGACAACUCAAACAACCUAGAUCACACAGUGUCUAAGGAUCUCGACUUGCCCAACAAAGACAGUGUGGAUCACAGCAAUCCCGAACAACAGGUUGCAAGUGUUGCCUCUGACUCUGAAGAGGAACCAGUUACAUUCAAAGAUACAACAGUCUCUUGUCUGAAAAACAACAAAGACUUUGACGAGCAAGAAAAGAUGUCCAAGAACGAUGAUAUUGGCCAACUUGCUUUGAUAAAUGACCAACAAAGCAUCGAUGAAGAUACACUCAAGGUUUUUGGGUCCGAACCAGUAGACAAUAAACCAUCCAAUGACUCAGAAACAGUUGAUUUGGAAAGCUAUGUUGAUCGAGCAGCUGUAGAACAAGUGGACAUAGUCUCCACUGAAGAAACUAUUCUCGAAACAACAGAAGAGACAGCCGUAUUUGAAGAAACAAGCGUUGAAAUAGAAAAAGCUGAGGCACCUGAAGAAUUGCCUGUUCGAACAAGAAAAUCGUUGUUGAAUGACCCUUACUCCGGGUACACGAAACCUACUGGCAGAAAUAAAAAGAGAAAGAAGAACAAGAAAAAGGCUGAAGUUCAAGCAGUUGAACCUAUAGAAUACAACGGCGUUAUUGUGUCUUAUACCGAAGAUACGAUGCCUACAGACAUGAUAAAAUAUUACUACCAAAGAUAUGCUUAUUUCUCUAGAUUCGAUGAAGGCAUCUUGAUGGACAAAGAGGGAUGGUUUUCUGUAACACCCGAGAAAAUCGCAGAACACAUAGCCCAAAGAUGUCAAGCAGAUAUUGUGAUUGAUGCGUUCUGUGGAUGCGGUGGAAAUGCCAUUCAGUUUGCCUUCACAUGCGAGCGCGUCAUUGCAAUUGACCUUGACCCAGUUAAGCUUCACUGUGCUCGUGAGAACGCCAAGAUCUAUGGGGUCGCCGACAGAAUCGAAUUCAUUCUAGGUGAUUUUUUUGAUUUAGCACCAACCCUAAAAGCCGAUGUCGUAUUUCUAUCGCCACCUUGGGGAGGACCAUCUUAUAUGAUAGAAGACACUUAUGAUCUAAAGACGAUGAUACCUGGUGAUGGCCUAAAGAUUUUUGAAAUUGCCUCACAAAUAACACCUAAUGUUGCCUUCUUUGUACCUCGAAACACAGACCCUCAACAACUCGCUCGAUUAGCAGGACCAGGAAACACAUGUGAAAUUGAACAAAACUCACUUCGUGGAAAAGUGAAAGCACUAACUGUAUACUAUGGAAAUCUAAUCAACUACAACUAUUUAGAGAAACUUGAGCAAGAUAUUGCUGAAGAGGAAUUGAUGGCCAAAAUUGUACAAUAUUAAUGAUAUGUAAAUAGCAUAAAGAAAAAGGAUUAAAUAUUAUUAAAAAAAAUCUUGAUAUGUUGGUAUAUACAUAAGAAAAUACAACG